AGAAAACGCUGUUUUUAAAGGGAAACCAAGGUUGUUGAGGUCUGUGGUGGGCAUAGCAGGUUGAAGGUUGCUGCUGGUUGCAGGGCCCUGUGGAGCAGAAGAGCUGUGCCAUUCCCCCUUUUGUCCUCUCAUGCCCCCUCCCCGUCCCCGUGUGUUCCCCUGUGUGUAAGUGACCCCACACCCCCACCCGCCCCCCACCUGAUCCCUUCUGUUGUGUCGCCACUCCAGCCCGAAGCCCCCCUCUCACCCCAUGCUUGGGACAAAGCCAGCUCACUGCCAGCCCAAUGACUGCCUGGAUCGUCCUGCCUGUCAGCCUGUCUGCCUUCUCCAUCACAGGAAUAUGGAUAGUGUAUGCCAUGGCUGUGAUGAAUCACCAUGUUUGUCCUGUGGAGAACUGGUCUUACAACGUAACGUGCACAGAGGAGCUGCCCCGACCAGGCUUCCCCAAGACGUGCUGCACCAUCCAGGACAUCCCCCUCAUCAGUAAAUGUGGCUCCUACCCUCCUGAAAGCUGCCUGUUCAGCCUGAUUGGCAACGUUGGAGCUUUCAUGGUGGUGAUGGUGUGCCUUCUGCGCUACGCCCAGGUGAUCGAGCACAGCCACCGAUGUUGGGUCAACACCAGCGCUCUUGUGUCCGGCUGCACCAACGCCGUGGGUCUGGUCAUGGUGGGCAACUUCCAGGUGGAUCAUGCCAAAUCUCUACACUAUGUGGGCGCCGGUGUGGCAUUUCCAGCAGGGCUGCUGUUUGUGUGCCUGCAGUGUGUGCUCACCUACCGGGUAGCUGUAACCGCCCUUGACUACUGGAUGGCCCAUUUCCGGGUGGCACUGGCACUGGGAGCCAUGGUCUCCCUCGUCCUCAGUGGCAUCUUCUUCAUCCAUGAGAGCUUCAUCCUGCAGCACGCUGCGGCCAUCUGCGAGUGGGUCUUCACUGUGGACAUCCUGGUUUUUUACGGCACCUUCACCUACGAGUUCGGCACCGUCACCAGCGAGACCAUGAUGGCCGGCCUGCAGCGGAGUCACCACCACGGCUCAGGUGUUAUCAUGGGCCCCAGGGCCCGGGGCUCAACACUAGGCGGGGCAACUAAGGGCCUCAAGUCCCCCGGGGGAAGCAGCACAUCCACACAUCUCAACUGUACCCCGGAGAGCAUAGCCAUGUUGUAGCUCUGCCUCGCAGCCCAAAGGUGUGAAGUGUCACUGCAGAGGUCUUCACGAGCCCCCACAGGAAGGCAAGAUGACAGAGACAGCAUGUGCAGGAAGUUCUGGUAUCUUUAACCAUUGACCCAACACCAGGUUAUCCCAUCUGUAAUACUAUACUGCUUUAUUUUUAUUUUUUUAUUUUUUUCUUCUCAAUGUUGGUGCGAGCCCCUGCAGUCAAAUGUCCCGUUACAUUUUCAGUGGUGAUGUUGAAAGGAGGGCUGAAUGUGUGGAGCCAGUCUGAGCUGGAGCCAUGAAUGUUUUCUAAGAUGGCUGUUUGUCUGGGCAGUUCUUCACUAAAACCCACUAGAGUAGGUUGUUUUCUUCUUUUUUUUUUUUUUUUUUUUUUUUUUUUUAAAUAACUGGAUGUCACUGGUGUCAUGGUGGAAAAGUAAAUUACUUAAACCCACAAGAUUCUACCCCUCCCCCAGACACUCCUUCAUGAACUACCCAUUGCUUUUGUGUGGCCCACCUGUCGUGGCCUCUUGCUUAUCUCUGCACGGCACACUUUUUGAAUGAGAGAAUAGGAAUUUUCCGUUUGUGUAGAAAGUAGAAAAUACUGAAUGUUUGAGAUGUGAAUAGUUAACAGUUAUGUAUGUUUUACAGGCUGUAAGCAUAUGGCCUUCUUAAACCAAUCAAGCAUUAAUUACCUGUUAAAUGAUUUGGCAAAAAUCAUUCAUUUCACCUGACAAUUUGAUUUGUUUGCACAGAUGAUUUGAAUGCAGGUUUUGGUGGUAUUUUUAAAUUAUUUUACAAAAUGUGUAUACGUGUAUCUUGAGCCACUAUCAUUCUUGAGGUCAUAAUCCAUUUCACUGACAUGCGAGUGCAGGAUGGCUGCUCUGUUUUAAUGACUUGGACUUUGUGUCUCAAUCACUUUUAACUGAGAAUCUCUGAAGUCGUCUCUCUUGAUGUCCUUCCAUUGUUGUCCCACAAACUGCAUGAUCUAAUUAUUUCUUUGUCAUGCUACCUUUUUUAUUUCAUACACUUGUCAUGGCCGGUGCAAUAAUCACCAUCAAUCACCUGAUAAUUUACACUCCACCAGAGUGAAUAAUGCCUUUUUCAGUGUGUUGGAAUUGAACACAGGGCUCUUUUUGUUUAAAAAAGAAAAAAAGAAAAAAAAGCUACACCAAGACAUUUGAAGUGAUGUUAUAGGACAGUUAUAAUCCGACUAACACAUCUACAGAAUAACAUAGUUCUUGUCCACACACUGAUCUGGUUCCAGGCUGGACCCCUGGAAGCCUUAUUUGAGUUUCUAGUAUAGGUUUUCUGUUGAAUAUGAAAUGAGGUGAAGCCUUCCCAGUAGUUGCAGGGGAAGUUUUGUUAACUGAGAGGUGAAUACGAUGCUCGCAGACCUUGUGCCAUAAAACCUCAAGGCGUCACAAUGGUGUCAAUACAGUGUAACAACCUGACAAUACAAAACAGGUUGUAAACUGAAGUGAAAGUGAGUCAUAUUGAGGUUUUUGUAUAAUUUCCUGUUGCCAAUUUCUCUUAUAGUGAAAACUAGAGCUUUGAAUUAGCUUUAACACCAGACUGCCGCAAAACGACCACUGCUCAAACUGAAGCUGACAAAUGCCACCAAGUUUAGGUUACACUCAGAUUAAGUUUUUAUUUUAAAUGAGCCGUUUGAGAAGUAUGUUUCGUAACACAUGAAUACACAGUAUUCUGCCCUCUGCGUAGUGUUGAUGCAUUUUAAACUGUCUAACCACUGGAUGCCAGCAGUACACAUUUUUAAAAGGUCACAUCACCUACCUCUUUUAUCUUUUGUGGGUUUGAUGUUAUUUAAAUGUGAAAGCUAGAGUUCCAACAUAUUCUCCAUCUCACAAUGGUUUGAGGUUGAGAAAAGUAUUUAACAUGAUGGUGGCUCAGCAAUCCACAAAGGUCUGUCUUAAUAAGUGUUGUUAGCAUUUGACAGGACAGUGGAUCUGCUGUGCCACAAGAUGCCUAAUCAUGUGUCAGGUCAGUUUUCUUUACUUUUCAUGCAAAUCAUUUAACUUCCCAUUCUUCGUGGGACUGCAGCCAUCCUCUCUGGUACUGCAAUCUUGCCAAAAAAGACUGGAAUCCUCUGGAGUUUCGAAUGGUUUUCUGUACGACGGCAGCAGGUGUAUGAAUUGGUAUGUGUGUAAUGUUUUAGCCUUAUCCCUUGUACAAUGCCAGGGGAACAUGUUCAGAUCUUAUCUUGUGUUCAGCUGUAGCCUCUUUCACCAUACUGUAACCAAGUCACGACGUGUGACUACAAAUGGCAGCUUGUAAGAGCCCUCACAUCAGGGUUGGAUUUAUUCUGUAACACCAUCUUCCACAGGCCCAAAUUUAAAGGUGGAUUUUACAAUCUUUUUUUUUUUUCUGUCAAAAUGUGCACUUCACUAAGCUUUCAAAUGGUAUGUUUGUUCAUGGGAGAAUCCUGUAUUACAAAAGGCUGCCUGACCUCUACAUGUGUUGAACUCUAGCAACAGCAACACACAAACUAAACAAUGUAUUUGUUUUAUUUCCUCGAUUUGAACAAUAUGUAAAAGAAUGGUAAUAGAGGAGUCAGAUAAUUCCCUGAAAACAAGUCAACACAGAUUAUUUUGUUUCCUUUUUAUAAAUUCUGUAAAUAUUUAAUGAUUUGUCUAUCAUUUAGGUAUUUUCAUUUGACAGAGAUUUAUAUUCAAAUAUGAAAUAAAAAUGAUAAAUUAUUA